AUUAUUCAUCGGCAGGAAGAUAUUAGAUGUACCCGCUGCCCGCUCCGCGCGAGCCGUCGUGCAAUGCUAUCCGAGCUCCGCGCGCGCCCCGCGCCCCUCCUCCUCCUCACGUCCGUCCUCUCUGAAACCUUGGCAGCGAAGGGGGAUCACAUUUCCUUUGUCAUCGGGCCAUUUCGCCCUCGCCUUGGUCCCCCCUCCGAUCCCGAGCCGCGGGGACGGAGCCUCCUCUGGGGCGCGCUGGAAUCAGUGGAACCGGCAACGGCCCAGCUCGGUGAGCUCGGAAGCCGCGUGGCCAACGCUGCUGGCCCGCGUCAUCUUCUUUCUGGAACGAGUCACCGACCAAGACUCGGGUGGCCCCGGCCGCGCUACGCCUACCGGCCUUUGCUCACGCCGUGCUCUGGCCUCCUGGGGCUUUGCACAACUCCCCCAAUUCGGGCUGAGUGCGUGCACGCGCGCGCGCCCCUCUUUCUCUGCUUUGCCGCCUCUUCCUCCUUCUCCUUCUGCUCUUCUCAGUACGCCGGUUAUUGGGACUGAUCGGAAUUCGGAAUCCUUUUAAUCUCCAAAGGAGCAAACUCACUUCCGCCCGAGUGCUGGGAGGGGGCUGGGGGAGGGGACACAGGGGAGGGGGUUCCAGGCAAACAGGAAACAUUAGCCCUCUCGGCUCGGCUCGCUUUUGUGUGCUCCCUCCCUCCUCCCUCCAACCUCCUCCCUUCUCCGUGCCGCUGGGGAGAUGAACGCCCCCGGGCUUCGGUGUGACGACCUUUGAAACCUUCCGAGCGAGGAGUGGAGAGCGACUCUUAUGUUUAUUUAAAAAAGAAAAGAUUUCAUUUUGAAUCCUGGUUCAACCGAGGCUGAUAUCCCCUGCCAGUGAGGUCUAGGUCCCCCUCCUUUUUUUUUUUUCCUUCCUUUUUACGUUUUCUUAAGGACUCUGCAUAUCAACACCAAAACACACACUUGUGUGCAACUGGAUGCGUGGAAUUUAACGAAUCCGAAUUCCGAUCUGCGGAGAAGCCAGUUUCCUUUUGAGUUUAAUUGGGGGGGGGGCAGAGGGCAGCUGUUCAGGAGAGGCUACCCGGGUGACGGCCCCACGGCCAUCUGGGUGGUGUCUGAGGCUGCCUGGGCAGUUCUGGGAGAGGAACUUGCUUGGCCCUGGAAAGAGACUGACUUAGAGGAGCAGAGAGGGCCACAUACCAGGCUUCAGAGGGUGUCUGGUCUGAAGGCCAGCUGGUGGAACAAUUGGCACAUCUAACACUGUCAAGCUGUUAGUUACAUCUUGGAUUCUACUUGUACAGGCAACUACCUGAGUGGAUCUCAAAAACCUCUGGUGAUAGAAGGAAAAACCCAAACACAGAAGAGUUCAUACUGUGUGAUUCCGUUUACAGGAGACUAGAACAGGCCACAAUUAAGCUGUGGAGAUGUGAAAAGUAUCCUUGGGAGUAAGGCGCUUGGACUGGGAACGGGGAUGAGGGAACCCUCUGAGGUGCUGAAAUAGAAGUGUAUCAUUGGUGUAUACUUUUGUCAAAACUUGUAAAUCUGCCAUUUAAGAUCUGUGCAAAAUUUCAGUGUGUGUAAAUUGUACUUCAAUUUAAAAAAACAAAAACAAAAACAAAAAAAACUUGUCCAGCCUAAAUAACCAAAAAGAUAAAGGAAAGGAAAAAAACAAAACAUACACACACAACUAUAUCAUCAUCCCCAGCUCCUCCUUUGAAUUUGUGCAUCAGAUCCAGGAGUUUUCCAGGGAAAGGUCAACCUGGAAAGCUCUCAAAUCAACCCAGCUGGAAAAACGAGCUGAAUGACUCAGGCUGCAGAAACAUCUCCCUACAGGGACAAAUCCAUCCCCAGGCCCAAGAAUUGCCCUGAGUUGGAAGAGAGCUUCCAGGUGGAGGAAGAGCCUGGCAGCCACCCCAUGAACACCCAGGUCCUCAGCUGCCCUUAGAAGGCUUCCUCAGCACCUGGAGCGAAUCGAAGCUGAGGGAGCAUUCACUGAACUGUGCAAAGAGAACAAAAAUGUCCCAUAAAACCAAAACAUAUGUUCAUUGUAUCUCAAUAAAAUACAAAACAAAGCUCCUUCUCUGCCAAUGAAAGAGAAGGAAACCUCUUAGACUUUAAAGAUUAGGGAGGAGCUUCUGUUGCUACCAUGUACUGCCAAAUACGAGUUUCUUCCAUAAUUUGAGAGCUGUGUGUAAACAUGUACAUGCUCCCAUGUGAAUCUACGCACUCCUAUAGAAUUUUCCACCAUACUGGCCUAGCUCCAGAGUUGUAGUAUUUCUAGGGUUUGUUUCUUUUCCUUGCUUUAGUUGUUUUUAAUUCUCUCUUUCUCACUCUCUCUCUCUCUC